UGAAAAAUGCAGACCACCAAGGCAUUGCUUAUUACUCCAGUUCUGAUCUGCUCCUGUACCAGGGGUCUAAUCAGGCCUUUGUCUGCCUCCCUCUUGAGUAGACCAGAAGCCCCAUCUAACCAGCCUUCCUGCAGCAGCUCCCCUCUCCAGGUGGCCAGAUGGGAAUUCCAGACCAGUGUUGUUUCUCGGGACAUUGACACAGCUGCCAAGUUCAUUGUUGCUGGGGCUGCCACAGUUGGUGUGGCUGGAUCAGGGGCUGGCAUUGGAACAGUAUUUGGUAGCUUGAUUAUUAGCUAUGCCAGGAACCCAUCUCUCAAGCAACAGCUCUUCUCCUAUGUCAUUCUGGGCUUUGUCCUGUCUGAGACCAUGGGGCUCUUCUGUUUGAUGGUCGCCUUCCUCAUCCUCUUCGCCAUGUGAGGCUCCAUAGGGUCA